CUCGGCACUCGCGGCGCCGGUGUGGAGGCCCUCCUGGCUCUGCUCUUUGGGAACCCUGUGACCAUCGGAAGCGGUUCCCCCUUCCGUGGCCGGGACCGAAGGGCUUCCAGGGGGUAGGACUGCUGGAGCAGAAUAGCGGGGGCUUGGCGCUGGCUCUGAGGUUCCAGCCUGGCGUUGCCCCUGAGGCGCCGGGACGCCUGGGUCCGGCCGAGGCUGCGUCAUGAAUGAGAGAAACAGCCGGAGGCGGACAAUGAAGAAGGAUGAAGAGGGCUUUGAGAUCUCAAUCCCAUUCAACGAGACCCCUCCUCUAGAGUCACCCCAGAUCUUCUACGGCCUGAGUCCGCCCCAGGGCAGCUUUGAGGAGCCCCCGGAGCCCACGUCCCCCACCCUGGCGCUGAUGCACAGCGUGAAAACUCAGCUGCACAUGGCCCUGGAGAGAAACUCCUGGCUCCAGAAGAGAAUCGAGGACCUGGAGGAGGAGAGGGAUUUCCUGCGCUGUCAGCUGGACAAGUUCAUCUCCUGUGCCCGCAUCGACGCAGAGGACCACUGUCGGGGGAAGCCUGGCCCCAGGCGGGCAGAGGGCGCGGACGGCCGGGGCGGAGGGGAGGCCUCAGACCCGGAGUCGGCGGCCUCAUCCCUCAGCGGUGGCUCUGAGGAGGGGGGUUCCGCCGAGAGAAAGCGCCAGAAGCAGAAGGGGGCGGCUGGCCGGAGGAGAUUUGGGAAGCCCAAGGCCCGGGAGAGGCAGAGGGUGAAGGACGCUGAUGGGGUGCUGUGCCGUUACAAGAAGAUCUUGGGCACCUUUCAGAAGCUGAAGAGCAUGUCCAGGGCCUUUGAGCACCACCGGGUGGACCGCAACACAGUGGCCUUGACCACGCCGAUCGCGGAGCUGCUCAUUGUGGCGCCCGAGAAGCUGGCCGAGGUGGGUGAGUUUGACCCGUCCAAGGAGCGGCUGCUGGAAUACUCCCGCCGCUGUUUCUUGGCGCUGGACGACGAGACGCUGAAGAAGGUGCAGGCUCUCAAGAAAAGCAAGUUGCUGCUGCCCAUCACAUACCGCUUCAAGCGGUGAUCCCGAGUCCUGCCCCCAGGUUCUGCCCGAGCCAGCUGCCACCCAUCACCUGCCUUCUCUCCCUCCACCCUGCAUCAGCCUUGUGGUUCUUAGGCCUGGAUGCCCAAGCCAGCCAGGCCCAUCACCUCCCCCUUCAUGGAAUGGACCCACUGCCAUUUCUUUUUCAUGGUCCAUCACACUUCCGCCUGCAUCCCCCCAGACCAGCUGUUGGCCUUCCCGUGGUGAGCCGCCAGCUGCCUUCUCUUCCCGUGCUGGCCGCUUCCAGUGGCCCCUCGUACGUCCCACAGCGUGACUGCUCUGCAUCUUCUGGAAGCAGGCUCUUCAAGCGACAAUCCUGUUUGCUGUGCUCGAGGUGGCCUCCCGAGGGAGUGGUUGGCUUGUAUCCCAUGCUGCCCUUUCUUACCAGGAGACCUCAGAGCCAACCAAUGCGUCAUUUACCAUUGCACCUUGCCCUCGAGGAGCCCCACAGUGCUCAGAUUUUGGGUGGGAUCCUGCCCUUCCCUUCUCUCUCCCUCCAGCACCACCCCUGCAGCAGGUGAGGGUGCUCAGGUGCACGUGCACGUGAGUGCUGUGUUUACAUGGGGUUCCAGGUGGAGGAGGGUGAGGCUUCCUGUCUCAUCCCUCGCUAGCCUGUCGUGGAGCCUGUGUGGAGACAGGGAGGCAGUGUGUAUGUAUGUAUGUAUAUAUUUACUGAACACCCCCCCCACCCCCCUCUUAGCCUUCCAUGGUAUGGGCCUCUGUUUCCCACCUUCGUUGCCCUGGCCUGGGUUCCUCAAUUCCAGUUCAGAUCUCCUUGCCCCAAACCUAGAGACUAGGGAGUGUCCGCAGGGAUUUUCCAAGUGGCCAGGCACCGUUGCAUUUGGAGUGAGGUCAAGGGAGCCGUUGAAAGAACCGGCUUCUCAUCCCCACUCUGGGUAUGACUCACUUCCCUUCCUUUCUCUAGGCCUGUUUCCUUCUUUGUAAAAUAAGGGAGUUAAACGCGAUCAUUUCUAAGGUGGCUGUGAGACCUUGGAUAGGUCCUUUCCAGCCUAGGUCUCUUGAAUUGUAAAAAUGGAGCAGACUGGACUAGGUGCUCUCAUUAGGUCACUGUGUGACCUCGAGCGAGUUAGUAAUGAUGGGGCUUGGACGCCUGGGUGAGAACGCCGUGAUUCUCCUCCCUGACCACUGAAUGAGCCUGCUGCGGGGGUCUGCGGCCCUCCCCUCCCCCCUCCCCCCAGCAGUCUUCCUAGGAGAGGGAGGGUGGGCGACAGAGCCAGGGAGCGCCCCCUCCCUUGAGCACUAGCCCGCCGGCCCGGGACCAACUGAUAAAUGAAGUGUUCAGAGUUUAAAUUAAAAGUUAACCAGCAGAUUUGGAAUAA